GCGCGCGCGCUCCGAGCGCAUCUUGAUCCAAGAGUAAUAGUUUCCAUCGAUUUAACGAUGUUUACGAUUGGAUAGACAUAUUUAUUCGUGAUAAUUUUACGAAACUUUUUUGGAAGAAUCGAAUAGUAUCGAUAAGUAGACAUUAGUACGAUCGAUGGGAUAAUAGAAAAUUUAUUAGAAUCGUCAUAUCGUAUUAGGAUCGUAACGAUACGUAAAUAAAAGUUUCUUUAAUAUUUUACGCGGGCGCAUACGUGUAAUAAGGGCGAAUAAAUUAAUUGGCCGAGCGAAUAAAUGAAUUGUAGUCAUUAAAACGCGGGUGUUCCUUUUUUUCCCCCCAGCAUAUCCAGUAUAUCCAGUGGUUUCGCAAUUUAUAAUCGACGAUUGUUGGAGAAUUCUUGAAGAAUCAUGUUGUUAAGGGGCAUAUAGUAGAUUGAAAAAGAUGUACAUUAGUCGUGCCUGUGUCUGUGCCCUGUGCUUAUGGUUCCUUACGUGCAUCCUACUUUUCAUCAGCUGUUACUGCACGUGACGGCGUGCACGAGCCUAACUCUAUCUCGUAAAUCGCCAUCGUGGGUGGCACCCGAUAAAUACGUAAGAUUAAUGAGAAACGGAAGGGGAAGAUUAUUAGAUCAGAAAUCUGUGAUCGAUCGAGACGAUUUUCUAUAUCGUGUUAUAUUUGUGAAUGAUGCCACGAAUAUUAUUCGAUUAUUACAAAAGGGAGGGAAGAAGGGGACGUGAUUCUACGACCGAAGGAGAACGUACGCGAUCAUUCGGACAAACACGGUGGGGCUGCUGUAAGAAAAUAAGAUAAAUUAUUUAAGGGAAAUUGUCUUAAGACAAGUCAUUGUCGAUAAUCACGAUGAAUUCGUCGAUACGGAAAUCCAUUAACACCCACGAUCCUAUUAUUGGUUUCGCUUUUGUUUACAUGACACUGACGUUGAUUAUAUUAUGCGCGUUCGCUACGAAUGAAACUAAUACGUUCAAUGUGCGAACGACGAAGGAAUGUUUUGGUAUACGUAAACAAUCGAAGGGUGAAGUGAAACUAGCCGUAAUAGCUCCUGGCGAUCCUCAUCACGAACAGAGCUUGCCCAGGGUAUUGCCAGCUGUACUUUUGGCCGUUAAAGCUGUUAGCUCGUCGAAGGGACCCCUGCCAGGAUGGAACAUAAAGGUCGAUCAUCGGGAUUCUCGUUGUUCGAGCACUUACGGACCAUUGGCAGCCUUCGAGUUUUACAUCAAUCAGACGGCAGAUGCCUUUUUGGGUCCCGUUUGCGACUACGUUAUUGCACCGGUGGCGAGAUAUGCUGGUGUAUGGGGGAUACCAGUAUUGACGGCAGGUGCUCAGGCAGAAGCCUUUCGUCAUAAGGACGAGCACUAUCCGACGUUAACGAGAAUGAUGGGGAGCCAUCGUUUGGUCGGCGAAGCGUUAAGGCACAUACUUCAAAGAUUCGGCUGGAAAAUUGCCGGUCUAUUAUAUCAUAAUCACGCGAUGGCGAGCAGCCGCGGUAAUUCAGAGUGCCAUUUCACUUUGGGAGCCGUAUUUACAGCGUUGAAUCAAACACCAGCUCACAAAAGUUUCAAUCAGGAAACUACCAAUGCCGAGGACUACAGGAAUCUUCUUCUAUUCGUGUCAAAGUCUGCGAGGAUCGUAGUCAUGUGCGCAAAUUCUACCACCAUACGAGAGAUAUUGCUCGCAGCCGAGGAACUCGGAAUGGUUGAUUCCGGAGAAUAUGUAUUUUUCUCGAUAGAGCUUUCAUCUAGCGACAACAAUUCCAUAGAACCAUGGAAAUUGGAGGGCGACACGGAUGAGAGAAACGAGAAGGCGAGAAAAGCGUACCAAGCACUUUUGACUGUAACCGCACGGACUCCUGACGAUCUUGAAUAUUUAAAUUUCUCGCGUGAAGUUAAAUCGUUGGCACAAAGCAAAUACAAUUUCACGUUCGGCAAUAGUUCCGUUUCGACGUUCGUCACGGCCUUUUACGAUGCCGUUCUUCUUUAUGCUCUUGCGCUUAAAGAGAGCCUACCGGAUAAGCCUACCGGUGAGGUUGAUCUGGAUGGCGGCAAUUUAACGAGAAGAAUGUGGGGUAAAAGUUUCAAAGGUAUAACCGGAGACGUGAAUAUCGACGAGAAUGGCGAUAGAAUCGCGGAUUAUUCCCUUCUGGACAUGAAUCCGGAAACUUCGAAAUUCGAGAUCGUUGCCAAUUAUUACGGUGCUAACAAAACUCUGGACUAUAUAAAGGGAAAACAGAUUCAUUGGUCCGGCGGAAGACCGAAACCACCCCCUGAUACUCCAACUUGCGGAUUCGAUGGAUCUCUAUGUCCGGAUAAUUCUCUCCCAGGAUACGCCAUUCUCUCGAUAGUUUUGAGUUCGAUCGUGGUCGUUCUGGUGGUGGGCUCGGUAUUUAUUUAUCGUCACUUCAAACUAGAGGCUGAAAUCGCUUCUAUGACGUGGAAAGUACACUGGGAAGACAUCAUCUGGGUACCUUACGCGAGGACUAGAGGCUCGAUGUAUUCGUUAAUUGCCAACAAGUUACGUAACAGCCAACUUAGCGUAUACUCUGAUGAUAACGUUAGUCUACCGGAGGGUGUGGACAAGCACGUCUAUAUUCCAACAGGAUUUUACAAGAACUCAAAGGUGGCUAUAAAAUUAAUACCAAGGAACAAAGUGGAAAUAUCGAGGCCUUUAUUGCUCGAGUUAAAACGGAUGAAAGAUCUACAGCACGAUCAUUUGGUGCGUUUCUAUGGUGCUUGCGUCGACCCACCCCAUUGUUGUCUAUUGACGGAAUAUUGUCCUAAAGGAUCCCUUCAGGACAUACUUGAAAACGAACAGAUUAAACUCGAUCGUUUGUUUCGCGGCUCUUUGAUACACGACAUAGUACGUGGGAUGGCCUAUUUACACGCUUCCGAGGUUAAAAGCCAUGGGAAUUUAAAGUCGAGCAAUUGCGUUGUGGAUUCGCGAUUCGUCCUAAAAAUUGCCGAUUUUGGUCUUCACGAAUUGAGGAGAUCCGGUCUCAUGGAAGAGGAAUUCGACAAAAGCAGUUACGCUUAUUGGAGACGACAAUUGUGGACGGCGCCGGAGUUGUUGAGAAUGGAGAGGCGACCACCGGAAGGUACUCAAAAAGGUGACGUUUAUAGUUUCGGAAUAAUCGUACACGAGAUCGUCGUUCGUAAAGGUCCUUUCUAUUUGGGAGAAAAUUACGAUCCACCGCCUAAUGAAAUCGUCGAGGGUGUCAGGAAAGGGGGUAGUUCACCUUUAAGACCUGUGAUAGACGAGAGCGCCGUGGAGGAGGAGGUAGCCACAUUAAUGAGACGAUGUUGGGCGCAGGAUUCAGCCGAUCGACCUGAUUUUCCCGCGCUAAAGCAAACCAUACGCAAGAUCAACAAAGAUUACGAGAGUAGCAAUAUCCUGGACAAUUUGUUGUCUCGUAUGGAACAAUAUGCGACGAAUUUAGAGACCUUGGUCGAGGAACGUACCGCGGAUUACUUCGAGGAGAAACGCAAAUGCGAAGAGUUACUGUACCAGUUACUGCCAAAAUCCGUCGCAUCUCAAUUGAUACUCAGUCAAAGCGUGAUCGCCGAAACUUACGAUCAAGUAACGAUAUACUUCAGCGACAUCGUCGGUUUCACCAGUCUAUCGGCCGAAAGUACGCCUCUUCAAGUAGUCGACUUGUUGAACGAUCUCUACACAUGUUUCGACUCCAUCAUCGAAAAUUUCGACGUUUAUAAGGUCGAGACGAUAGGAGACGCUUACAUGGUCGUAUCCGGAUUACCAAUGAGAAACGGUACGAAUCAUGCAAGGGAAAUAGCGAGGAUGAGUUUGGCACUAAGGGACACCGUCAUGACUUUCAGAAUUCGUCAUAGACCGGAGGAAAAAUUGAAACUUCGUAUAGGAAUGCAUUCCGGGCCAUGCGUAGCGGGUGUGGUUGGUUUGAAAAUGCCGAGGUACUGUCUAUUUGGUGAUACGGUCAAUACGGCAUCUAGGAUGGAAAGUAACGGUGAAGCUUGGAUGAUACACGUUAGUCCAAAGACGAAAGAGAUAUUGGACACUUUUGGAACAUUCGAUCUCGUUUGCCGAGGAGAGGUAACAUUAAAGGGUAAAGGUACGAUGACGACGUAUUGGUUGAUGGGUGAAAAGCCAAUCAACAAUAAUAUUAAACAAACAAAGACAGCUCAAUCAACCGCCCAACUUCCGCCAGUCCCUAAUGAAUCAGUGACGCAGCAGCAGCAGCAGCAGCAAAUACAACCGAUGAAAAAUCAAUCGAUUCAAACGAAAAUGGAAUCGAAGGGCCAAACUCACAUUACUCAGUCGAAAAUUCAGUCUAAAGUGGAACCGCCUCAAGCUCAUUAUGUAUCAGUUAAAGAUCUUUCGCAAAAGAAUCAACCUCAGCAACAACAAGCAAAACCACAGCAACAGGCAAAACCACAGCAACAGCAACAGCAAGAAGCAAAACCACAGCAACAAACAAAACCACAGCAACAGCAGCAACAACAACAAGCAAAACCACAGCAGCAGCAGCAACAACAAAAACCACAACAGCAACAACAACAGAAAGCACAGCAGCAACAACAACAACCACUACAAGCAUCGUAUCAAAGUAAUCAAAAUCGAAUACAUUUUGGUAGCAGUAAUUGCAACAUCACGGCCACCGGAAACGGAGCACCUGCAGGUCGUGUGACAUCAAGCAGUGUCGUUUCGCCAGCUCACGUACGUUCAGUUCCAGUACAACCAAAUCGACAGGCUUAUACUUACUCGACGGAAAGUAUGCCGAAUCACACCGAGAGUGGUCCAAACACGCCCCUUCUUUUACCCGCAGACUCGGCGCCUCGAAUUUAGCUCUCUUCGUGCGUCUCUUAUACCGAGUUUGAAAGCUCGUUGACAAGAAUCGAGUAUGAUUCUACUUUGACGGAUAUCCUGCCAUCUGAUAAUAACCAAGGAAAAGACUAAUUCUUGAAUAAAAAGGAAAAAAAAGAAGCUCUUGCUAUCGCGAAUCGGUCCAGAUAUCAAAAUAGUUAGUGCACGUUCUUGCAUUUCUAUAAGUUUACAAUAGAUGGUGAGAUAUCGCGUAUCGAACGAGUGGUGCCAUUACCGAACAGUUAGAUCGACGAUAAGUCGAAUUAUAAUAUGUAUACAUAUGUAAUAAGACAAAGUGAUCUCUUUCUAGAUGGUAUUACAGAACCAAUAAUAAAGUCAAUGGUGAUGCAUCUGACUAUAUAAAUCAUCUGAUUUUUCCAAAGCUAUGUUAUAUUACGUACUCCUAUGAGACCGAGGACUUGUUUUUAGAGAAAACAAAAAAACGAAGAAAGAGAAGAAAAGAGAGAAGAAGAAGAGGCACCUCCAUUUAACAUAAGUAGGUAUUCGUGGAGAGGUUGACCUGAAGGGCCCCUGGAUAGCUUAAUGGUUAGAAUAGCUGCCCCAAAAGCGGAAGGCCCGAGUCCUGCUCCAGAUUACAUGACGGCCCUACUUUUUUACGAAUCCUACGUAUAUACAUGUACAUGAAUGUGCAUAUAUAUAUAUAUAUAUAUAUAUAUAUAUAUAUCUACAUUGGGCGAAUGAUUCAGUAUUCAAUACCGAUUAGCCCGAAUCGACCAGUAUUAGACAAGGUGCUGUUAACGAGAAAGUGCGUACGACGAAGUGGGGAACAAAAAGAUUAAGUAAGUUUUCUCGUAUAAGCGAUAAAUUACUCAUAUUUCUUUUUGCGGACGAAAAUCUAGGACACGCGUUUUGUUCAUUGUUUUAAUUACAUCAAAAUAUUCACAUCUCUUAGGAUUAUUACUUUUUCGUCGUCUUUUUAAACCGUAUUUUUUAAAGCUUUGCCGAAAGAAAUCUUAAACGACUACACUCAACAAGUAUAUUCUUUUCCUUUUUUUUUAGUUUCAUGCCAGAAAAGAGUAUGUCCUUGUGUACGUGUGUUGUGCAUGUGUGUGUGUGUGAAAGAAAGAGAGAGAGAGAGAGAGAGAGACAUAGGACCAAAUUAACUUCGAUCUGCUGCUAUCCUUAAAGUUUCACGGAGAUAUUAUUUUCCAUUCAUUAUAAAGGGUAACACGAAACAAAAUGGAUGGUAUAAGUGCGUGGCGAGACGAAUGAAAGGGUGAACUUUGUCGUUAACGUUGUACAAGAGAGAAUCAAUAAUGAAUUUAUUCCAAAGUUAUGUAUAUAUAACUUUGGAAUUAACAAAAAGAAAAUAUCCACUUGAGUUAAUUGCGAUGGGAUAACGAGAGAUAAGUAUAUAUAUAUAUAUAAAAAUAUAGCUAUAUCUAUAUAUGUAUACACGGUCUAACACACAAACACACAUAAUAUGUGUGUAUAUAUAUACAUAUGUGCGUGUGUGUGCGUAUAUAUAUAUAUAUAUGUGUUUACGAAGAUGUUACGAAGAAAUAGAUUAUAUGUCUGUGAAAAGUUAGACAGUAUAGAAGCAUCGAUGUUCAGCAAGCAAUUUCUAGCGAGAAGAGGCUGGGCCUCUCGUGAGUAUGUUAUAAAAAAGGAAACAGAUGAAGAGAGUAAGAGCGAAAGAGAGAGCGAGUGUGUUUCUGUACGUAGGAUUAUACGCAUGAGAGAAAGAACGUAAAUAAGUAAGUACAUAUACAUAGAAUGCGUACGAGCGUUAGUAUGUACGUAAUAUUUUGUGUGUGUGACUCGAGAGAGCGAGCGUGUUGCGCGGCGUCGGUCAGUCAAUGAGACUAUGCGCGUGCGACGAGAAGAGAGGGGUCAAUCGUUUCUUGGCUUCUCGUAUAUAAGAAACGUGACAAAAGAAAGCAAGGAAAGCGAACGAGCUUAUCGUGUAUGUAUAUUGAAUAUAUCAUGUCGUAAGAAAUAAAAAUUAUAUUUAUGUUCA